AUGUCAGUUAGCAAGAAAAUCAAGUUAGACAAAAUGGUUAAAAUUUGUACUCAUUCAGGUUCAUUCCAUGCUGAUGAAUCGCUUGCUGUUUAUUUAUUAAAAUUAUUGCCUAAAUAUUCUCAAGCAGAGUUAGUUCGUUCAAGAAGCCCUGAAGACUGGGAAUCUAGUGAUAUUGUUGUUGAUGUCAGUGGUAAAUACGAUGGUGUCAAAUAUUUUGACCAUCAUCAACGUGAAUUCGAUACUACUUUUAACGAACACUACAAAACUAAAUUAUCUUCAGCUGGAUUAGUGUAUAAACAUUUUGGCAGAGAAAUAAUCAAAGAAGUUUUGAAAUUGGAAGACGGUAACCCAAAUAUUGAAUUGUUGUACGACAAGAUAUAUAAGGAAUUUAUUGAAAGUUUGGAUGCUAAUGAUAACGGUAUUAACAACUACCCUAAAGAUGUUUCACCAAAAUUCACCGAUAAAAACAUUACAUUGCCUUCCAUUGUGUCACGAUUGAACCCAAGUUGGAAUGAAAGCUGUACCGAUGCUGAUUAUGAUCGUCAAUUCUUAAAGAGCAGUGAAUUGAUGGGUACUGUAUUUGUGAGUUUAUUGGAAGGAUACGGUAAAAGUUGGUUACCCGCCAAAUCAAUUGUUGCUAAAGCUUUCGACGAUAGAUUUGAAGUUGACAAAUCUGGUGAAAUUCUUGUAUUGGAUCAAUUCUGUCCGUGGAAAGAGCAUUUGUAUAAUAUUGAAAAGGAAAACAAUGCUGAAGGGUUGAUUAAAUUUGUGUUGUUUAAAGACUCGAGUGGAAAAUGGAGGGUAUCAACAGUGUCUGUCACCUCAACCUCUUUUGAAUUUAGAUUGGGACUUCCACAAGAAUUGAGAGGGUUAAGAGAUCAGGAACUAAGCGAAAAAUCAGGUGUAGAUGGCUGUAUAUUUAUUCAUGCGGCUGGAUUUAUUGGAGGAGCUAAUACUAAAGAAGCUGUUUUACAAUUAGCCAGAUUGUCUUUAAAUACAAAAUAG